GCUUCAGCGCAGAAGUCGGAUGAGGAUGUUCUUCUUCUCGUUAUGUAAAACGCGCCGCUUCCACGCAUUUUUGAAAGGGUCUUCCGUGGGAGUUCUGCCGAGGGUUCCUGUGACUUCGCACGGCAGGAGGGGCUGAGCCCACCCCGCCUGUCAGGGCUGCAGCCAGGCAGCCAGUCAUCCGCCGCGCCGCGCCGCGCCGCGCUGCUAGUUGUUGUUCAGUAGCAGCACACGGGGACUGGUGCGCGAGCUGAAAGCUGCGUACACGGUUAAUGCCAAGUGACGGAUAUACGCGACGUGUGUGCGGGGCUGCGCCGACUGGAUCCCCGCAGGCAGCGCUCCGGAGGCUCGCGGUCGUGAUCGCCGUGAGAGAGAGGAGCGGAUGGGAUAGACAAAAAAAAAAAACCCACCCAGCCUGGACGGACGCCGCUCGGAGGAGUGUUGGGAGAAGAGAGUUGUUCGCUCCGUCUCUUCUCUCCUCUUUCCUCUCGACGAAAGGUCUAAAAAAGAGGGGGGGGGGGGGGGUCUUUCGAGUGAAGUAGCGAAACACGGCAACAUUCGGGCUGAUUUCCUCUUGUUGCGCUGCUUCGGUUAACCAGUCGAACGAGGCUAACUUGCCUCGCCGAGCCGUUCGCAAAACAAGGUGCCUCGACUGGCUCCUCACACCAUUACACGAGACAGUGCCUGCCACGGAGAUCCACGCCACGGCCCUGUGGAGAAGCAUGUGAUGACUCAGGCAAGGCAGAAGGGUUCCCUCAGGCAGAGCCACGGUAGUGCAGAGUGCUGGGACAACUGUUCUCCGUGGCCACAUGGUGGUAGUAUGGAUGGCGCCUGGCCUGAGCGCUCGCUGCGAUAUGGCAGGACUAAGAAGAUAAAUGAAGUUUUCAAACAGAGGAAGGACACGGUCAAGAUGAUGACCGGCAAGAGAGGGAAGACAGAAAAAUCUGAUCCGAAGGGAAAAAUGGGCCGGAGGCGUGACAAGAAACGGGACAGGAAGUUGUAUCCUUUGCGGGGGAGGACUGGGGUUUCAGAUGAGGAGGGCCUUAGUUGCCAUGUGCUCCUCACAAGGCUAGAAGAGAGCAUGCAGAACCAAGAUAGUUCUGAGAGACAGCAAAAACGGGUUCUGAAACCCAAGCCCAAAAAGGGAAAAAGCUGCCAACGGAAAGUGGCAAAGUCAUCACCAAAAAACAAAUCAAAGGCGAACGGCCCAAGUGAUGGUGAGUGGGUCCAUGUCCUGCAACCACGCAAGCGCAGACUGGCGUCCCUCAAUGCUGAGGCGGUGAACAGUCUGCUGCUUGAGAGAGCUACUGACCCUCAGCCUGCAGCUAAACAGGCCAGGAGGCAGGAGGAGCCCCCGAGUGGAGGGGCUCCCCUGGACGCAGAUCCCGCCAGAAGCGCUGUCCCUGGAGGUCCGAAGCCUUCGCGGGGAAACCACAGCAAAGCCUUGACUCCUCACAAACUUGAACUGUCCCAAAGCUCUAAGCCAGUCAAGAAGGCCAAAGUCAAGCGCAGCAACGACAGUAGCAGUAUGAGUCGGGAGAUUCUGGACGCUCCGGCUCCCAGACGACUGGCUGGACUCAACGCUGCCGCCCUGCUGAAGUUGACCAGCUCUUCGGCGACCAGUAAACAGAGAAUAAAGGCGGCACCGGCGGCAGCUGCCGCGUCAGACUGCAAAGCUCCUGCCACGGUCUCAGCCCCGAAACAGCCCGCCAGAGUCAAACACAAGGGGCGAUGUCGAAAGCAGAAGGGCAAACGGGUCCAGCACAGUGGCUGCACCGCCUGCAGGAAGAAGGUGGACUUUGAGCCCAAGGUGGAGUGGGAGACCGGCGGCUGCACCCACAGACUCACGAAGCCAGGCUACCAGUCGCGCAGCAUGUUAGCAUACCCGCUAAAACAGGUGAAGGAGGAGCAGCUGGAGACGGAACUGAGCCCCUACUACUGCUGUCCCACAGACGGCUCCGUGGAAUACUGCCACCGCCUGGCCUUCUUUCUGGGCCAGCAGCCCUUCAAAGACUCGGACGACCAGUCCCUCAACUCAGCUUUGACGCCCGUGAAGCGCGAGUGCCUCGUCACCUCGCCGUCCUUGACCCACUCGCACCCACACGCCGCCCUCGCGCUGAGCCCACACCCCUGCCUCUGCACCGCCGACCACUGCUUCCCCGGCUACUACGUCCACAUCGCCCAUCCAACGCACACCAGAGCCACGUCCCCAACUCUCAACCCGCGCCCUCUGAACUACCCUCCUUCCAGCUUGUGCCCUAAUCAGAUGACGGGCUCGAAGCUGCUGAGUCCGCGGGUGUCGCACGGCUCGGGGCUCGCCCACCCCGCCUACUGCAACUCCGUGGCGUCGCCCUGUUACGGCGAUGCCUGUGGGAUCAGCGGCUACACAUACAGGACAAUGCCCCCUGUCAACAGCAGGCCCUGCUCCUUCAGCACAGGAUGCACCGGGUGCACACACAACAUCAAGACAGAGGGCUACUCCUCCCCUCAGGGUGACCACAGCCCAUCUCUUCUGGCUUCGUCGUCCCUUCCCAUGUCGAGCUGCCCUCUCUCCAGCGUGCCCACCUCUACUCAGACCAACCCCCACCUGCUGACCCCCGUAUCAGGGCAAGACCAGACCCCGGCCCGGUUGAAGCUGGCCAGGGAGUGCCCCAAGUCCACCAAGCCUUCCAAUGGCUCCCUGUCCAUGGGCCGCACCCGGCUACCCCAGAAGCAGCCGCCGCCGCUGCCGAGCCUCGGCAGCACCAAACAAAAGAAAGUCAGCCGCAGACGAGCGACUAAUGGCUGGCGGCCCGUGGGAAUGCCCACAGAGAGGGAGAUCUUUAUUGCGGGAGAGGAUGAGUCGGCCCUGCGGCAGUGUUACGAAGGAGUCGAGAGGGACGGUGAAGUGAUACGCGUCAGAGACACCGUGCUGCUGCGAUCAGGACCCAGGAAGAAAUCCCUCCCUUAUGUCGCCAAGAUAUCAGCGCUGUGGGAGGAUCCCAAAACAGGAGAGCUGAUGAUGAGUCUUUUCUGGUACUACCGACCCGAGCACACCCAGGGAGGCCGAGAUCCCAGCACACACUGUGAGAAUGAGAUUUUCGCCUCUCGGCAUCAGGAUGAGAAUAGCGUGGCCUGCAUAGAAGACAGAUGCUACGUUCUCCCACUGGCCCAGUACUGUAGAUUUUGUGCCUUGGUGAAGCAGCGGGCUGAAGGCGCCCCGCCUGGCAGUGCCAGCGUGGUGCCCUGCCGUCCCGACUUCGCCCCCCCCUCCCACCGCUGCGUGCCCACGGACGUCGACCCCGAGCUGGUGUACCUCUGCCGGCACGUCUACGACUUCCGCUACGGGCGCAUCCUGAAGAACCUGCAGUAGACGGGGAGAAGGCGCGAACCUGUCAGUGAACGGUCACGGCCCCCUGUCCUGCACGGAGGUGGCGGCCCCGAGGGGGGGGGUUCUGCAGGGGCAACAGGGUGGGGCUGGAGAGUCACGGACCAAAACGUGUUGGGAGGCACAUUAAGAAGCACAGAUCCCUUUAGUUACCUUCAGAAGGGGUCACAGUGUGAUUCGAGACUCCAUCUCAGUCAGAGAACCGAUAUCUCCUGGUUUGGAAAAGGGGGAAAGUGACAAUUCAUUAAUCAAGUUGGGUUUUUGGGCCCGACGUGGAGGCGUGAGCGCCACGAAUGCCCAACACUCCGCUGAGCUGGGCUGCAGGAGUGCACUUCCCCCCAAAGCGUCUCAGCACAACAAUCAUGUUUGUUCCAUUUGUAAGCCAGCGGCUCAGGAACGGUCCGGCGCUGAGGUGCUUCCGGGGGAACGCGGGCGCUGCACUGUCAGCUUAAUGUUAACGGCGCUCAAGCAGCCAGGGUGAAGGAGCAGCUAAUGGAGUGUGUCGUCUUAUUUCUCCUGAUUUGAGUUUGUCUGGUGGUGCGUGUGCGUGUGUGAGUGCGAGCGAGCGUUGUCACUGUGGAUAAAUGGAUGAAUGUGGGUAUGUGGGAUGUGUUUUUUUUUUUUCAGGAGGCUUUCAGGCAAUCAAACCAAACAAACAGCUUUACAGGAAGUGGAGCCGACGCUCCCCGUCCCCGCGCCCGUGUGCCACAGAGCACAGACACGCGUUCUUCUUUAGGGAUCCUCCACUCAAACUGAGGAACUGUACCGGGAAGGGGGUUUUCAGCAGAGUCCUGACCGGGUCCCAUUAAAAAUGGAGCGCGGGGCGCUGCAGCCACUCCACCCAAGGGCUUGCGUGACAGCCAGUCUUUCUCUCCACUGUCCCAUUAAGCGGUGCGUGAACUCGCCCCGUCAGCUCCCACUUGUUGUCGAUCCAGCGCGAAGUGACUCAAAGACCGGCGACUUUCAAUCACCUGGCCGCUCGUCAUUCAUGACGGUGAAUUAAAACGCGCGGUCGUUAACGGUGAAAGUUAAUGGGACGUAGUUAGAAUUAAUCGCACAAGUGUGUUUUGAAAGUGCAUCUAUAGUUUUAGUGCUGAUUCAGUUUUCAUGUUCCUUGCAUCAUUUGCUCGACCCGGUGGAGGACUCUGCUCCACUCGACUCCAGAGCAGGGCUUCUUCAACUUCAGGUCCCUAGACUGACUUUAUUAAUGACACUUGACAAAUACUCGGCUGGAUUGUCAAACAAGCUUUCAUCUCAGGCUGCGCUGGCGGUUUCAGUGAGCGAGCCUUGGCCGGGGACUCAGAGCCCUGUGGAGUCUGAUGAAGCGAGGGGGGGGGCUGGUUCUUCUCAUAUUAUUUCACCGUCGUCGUGUUCUUGCCUUACGCUUGGCAGGUAGAGCUUCAGGCAGCUAGUACAACCACGUACAGCUGGACAACACUAUCGCGUGUACUGUAGAAAGAACUAGGAUUCAGUUGCGGAUCAGCUGUGACUUGACCACUGGAGAUGCACAGUUUAUGGCUGCAACCAGUUACUUUCAUUAUUGGUCAAUCAUUUUGCCUGUUAUGUCAGGAAAUGAGCAUUCUAAAUUCUGAAAAGACAGUUAUGCAUUUUUAAAUAUCUUUUGUCUUAGCAACAGUUUAAAUCUCCAGCUUCCUGCCACACAGGAAGUGAUACAUUCACACUGUAUUUCCUGCAUCUUGUGCUUUAAAUGUGACUGAAACCUGGACUAGAUUUCCAAAAAUGUCUUUAGUGCGAGCUGAUUACACGUCGCAGCUCUGCACCGGUUGCAAUCUGUGCAUGUUUGAUUUGGUCAGUCUGCGCGCUCGCGUCCUGAAAAAUCCGGGGCGCGUCUGUUCUGCCUCUUCUAAUUCUACACCCGCACCAUUUUCUUUCUCCUCCUCCUCCUCGUUCCGCACAAGAUAAACCAAAGGAUGUCACACAAGCCGGAGUCCCCCUUCUCCUCCCUCGCACUCCUCCUCCCCCGAAGCACUUCUGCCCUCGUCACCUUAUUAUAUUGCACUAAUCCAUUCCUUAAUUACAACAAACACGUUUAACAUUCUUUUCCAGCUCCUAGAAUCUUACCGGGGGGGAACGUUCUGUGUGUCACUUCGCUUCUAUGUGUGAAUGUCGCAAAGAAGGAGACAUCACUGCAUUUGUCAAACUGUAUAGAGAGGAGUUGGCUCAUUGUGUUCUCACACGCACAACCUGUUGAAUACAUGGAACAUAUGCAGUAUGAAUAUAUGAUGCUAGAUUCAUUCCAUUAGAUUUCUCAAUCGACUCUGAUUUACAGGCAAACGCAUACACAUGGAUGAAGGCCUGCCUCACGUAACACCAUGUGCAAUGUGUGUAUGGACGACGUGGCGGCGCUUGUGUGUCGGUGUGUGUGUCUGUGUGUGGGGGUGUUGUCUGACACUUCACGGAGCCGCGGCCCACGUUGAGCCGCGCUCAUUUGUUGCCUUUGAACCUGCAAGUGUUUUACUGUCGCUGAGGUAGUAAUGAGUUGGAGUGUGUGUGUACCUUUAAAGACACAAAGAGUACCCGAGCGCUUUCCUGCACAGCCGACGCCCCGCUUUUCAACAUUGGACGAGUAAACGCCACCUUUAAGUCUUCUCAAUUUGAGCAGCACGAUUCAGAACAAAAUCUAAUUGUGAUCAUAGUUUUUUUUAUUUUUAUUAAUACCCUAAGUCUUCAAAGAGGUAAUAUAUAUUCUCCUACUUUGCAGUGUCUCCUUAUUGAAAAUAUUUUAUUAAGUCGGUUUCCUAUGAUGGCAUAUGCAAUAUAUUUUUAGACUUACUAUUUUUGGAAAAUGAACUUACCUAAUCAAGAAGAAAGGACGCGUUAUUUUCUAACUUUAUUUGAAAUCGGUUUUCAAAAAUGUUCUUCUGGGGGAUUUGACCAAAUGAAAGAAAGAAUGAAGGGAUUUGAUGCCGUCGUAAGACUUACGGUUGUUUCUGAUGAAGUGUACAUAUCUAAAUCCAGGAAGCACCGGGCACUCUUUAAACAAGCAGACAGCCAAUGCACAGCAUAGUAUUUUUUGCAAGAUCUGUAAUAACUAUAUUUAAACGAAGAAAAAAUAUUUAAAUGGAAUAAACAAAACAAAUAUAUUAAGAUUUCAAUUUAACUUAUUUGGAAAUACUGUGUCUAAUUGAUUAACUAUAUCCUGUUUCUUCGUGCUUCAGGAUCAAAGUGGUUUCUGUUUAUUUGUAACUUAUAAGUUCAUAGAUUUAAAUGAUUGAGUAGCGGUUGUUGCCAGAGAUGUAAAUGUUGUUUAGUUUGUGUGAUUUAGCUGUCAGGGGGUGGAGACCAGACCCUGCACACCCUGGCAGACGGGGAGAGCGACCGAAGUGGCCACGGGUCGCAGGCGCAGACUGGAUCAGAUCUGACCUGGGACCUGUGGCAGAAGAGAACUUCUAGCUCCCCUGCAGAACCUUACUGACCUUAAGUGUGACGUUUGGGACGUCACGGCAACCUGGUCACCUGAGCUGGUAUUGAGUCUUUGUAUUGGGGAGCAGGAUGGAGAGAGGACAGGUUUCUUUUCCUCCCAUUUUUGAACCAUAAAUAAUUUUCACGUAGUCCCUUACUGAAGUUAUGGAAGCUAAGGUUAGAAAUUUAGGAACUUUAGGAAUUUUGAUAUGAUUAGUAGAGUAGAUAAAAUUAGGGCCUUGACAACCAGCUUCUCCCACCAUCCAAAUCAGGUGACCACCACUGCCUUUCUCCCAGAUGUGCACUAAUGGUGUUUGUCCCCUAGAGGGCAGAAAUCCGAAAUCUUAUGUGUGCAGGACAAACUCAUGGUCGCAUCCUGAUGCUAUUCAACAGCUUCCUCCCCAUGCCCCCUCUCCUUGCGACAUUACCUUGCGGCUGCUGAAAAGGGAUGCGGGAGGAAAUGGAGGGGGAAGGAAGCCGCCAUGAGUUAUUCUCGCUAGUGCUGGCCAGCCCUGUUAAACGCAUUGAUUAGAUUGUAUGCUAGCAUUUAUGUGCACCUCAUUUCCUAGCAGCUUUGCAUGGACACAGUCGCAUCCUCUGUUGCCGUGACAACGAGAAAGGGCCAGCACGUUAGAGAAGUCCGUUUCUGUGUGCAUACAGGGCUCACAGUGGCAGGGGUCAAACACUGUGAUCUUUUUACUGAUGCCACACUGGAUGUAUGUUCACUUCAUGAGUCGAGACUAAAGCACCUGACCAACCCUUGAGAUUCUGCUUUCUGUGUGGUCUGUAUUGAUGCUCAGUGUCAACAUAUAUUUUGAUAUAUUUGGAGAAACGGGGGAUAUUACGUUAAAAGUCUAGAUAUUUUUGGAGUAGAUGAAAACAAUGUGUAUCAGAAUAUUGUCACUUUGUCAUGCUCUCUGAAAAAUCUCUUGGAUUUUUUUCAACAAAUUAUAUAAAAUCCCUACUGACUUCAUGUUCAAUUGAAAGAAUAUUUAUAAAUAUUAAGUUCUUUGUGAA